AUGUAUCUAGCCCUACUAGAAGGUGAAGUUCUUCACGACGACGUGGUGGUGCACCCCAGCGCGCUCCUCAAGCCUCAAGGUGGAAAUAGCACAACUGCUAGACCGCCGGGCAUCGGAUUCCAGAAUCCAGCCACCAUGUAUCUAGCUGCCGCGGUUGUGAAAGCCUGUACCUUGAAAUGCUUCCUCGCUGGCUGGUGGUGUGAAUACCGCAUAUCCGAACUACUUCUCGGACGUUUCCGUGGUGGAGGUGGUGGUGGAGGUGGUGGUGGGCCAUCAUGGGAGCAAAACAACCAAACAACCAUACCCGUCGUCGUCGAGAGAAGGGAUGUUAACUCGGCCCCGAUGCUGUGCGAGCCUGCGAGGCUGACUGUCCAUCUGCGAACGGCACUCGAUUAUCUACAUCCGUCCGCUGCCGAAUACGGAAGUGUAUCUAGUCUAAGCAGCGAUGCACUGCACCAAGAGUCCAGGACGGGACAGUGGCAUGCGACAUGCGAGAGCGAACUCGAGAAUCGAGAUCCGACGGUGCCUCACGCCUCUUAUGCUGCUGUCGCUGCUUCUACUCUGGAGAGCGCCGGCGUGCGAAUCACACGACGCAGGCAUAUCUGGUACUCGAUGAAUCUACGUGAACCUACGUGUGCUCCAUUUCCCGAUUGCGAAGGGCUCUAUCAGACUUGCAGUGGGUACGACACUCCAUCAGUAUCCGCACAUACCACGGCACUCGAGCGCACAAUUACUCCAUGA